AUGACGGCUUUGGUCACUUCCAUGGGUCAAACUGGGUUACUGUACAUAUAUGGAUCCUAUCAAGGCUCAAUAAACUUUAAAAGGCAAAAGCCAGGGGAUGAUAUCAAGAAAACAUGGCUGCACCAAGGAAAGAUUGGAGUUAAAUUUAAUGUUGGAACAGAUGAUAUCGCAAUUGAAGAGGUCAACGCGAUCAUUAACGAUGGGAAAUACCAUGUAGUACGUUUUACAAGAAGUGGCGGCAAUGCCACAUUACAGGUGGACAGCUGGCCAGUUAUAGAACGCUACCCAGCAGGAAACAAUGAUAACGAGCGCCUGGCGAUUGCUAGACAGCGAAUUCCAUAUCGGCUUGGUCGAGUAGUUGAUGAAUGGCUACUCGACAAAGGACGUCAGCUCACAAUCUUCAAUAGCCAAGCAACGAUAAAAAUUGGAGGCAAGGAGCGAGGUCAUCCAUUUCAGGGUCAGCUUUCCGGACUCUACUACAAUGGCUUGAAAGUCCUGAACAUGGCUGCUGAGAACGAUGCCAACAUUGUGAUAGAAGGGAAUGUGAGACUUGUUGGUGAAGUGCCUUCUAUGACAACUGAGUCAACCGCCACUGCAAUGCAGUCUGAGAUGUCCACAUCGGUCAUGGAAACCACCACUACUCUAGCUACAAGUACAGCUAGAAGAGGAAAGCCAACCACAAAAGAACCCAUUGGUCAGACCACGGAUGACAUCUUGGUGGCCUCCGCUGAAUGCCCCAGCGACGAUGAGGACAUUGAUCCCUGUGAGCCAAGCUCAGGUGGGUUAGCAAGUCCCACCAAGGCUGGAGGGAGAGGAUUUGCAAAUUCGGACGAGGUGGUCCGGGAAUCCAGCAGCACCACUGGCAUGGUGGUUGGGAUUGUGGCGGCAGCUGCUCUGUGCAUUCUCAUCCUCCUCUAUGCCAUGUACAAGUACAGAAACCGGGAUGAAGGUUCCUACCAUGUUGACGAGAGUCGAAACUACAUCAGUAACUCAGCACAGUCCAACGGGGCUGUGAUUAAGGAAAAGCAACCAAACAGCUCUAAAAGUUCCAGCAAAAAUAAGAAAAACAAGGAUAAGGAAUACUAUGUCUGAUCCCAACAGCCGAAAGAACAAUUGUAUAGAAAUAGUCUUCAUUUUAUCUGAGACAUAAAAACAAAACUUAUUUACUUUACUUUUUAUGAAGCACAUACAAAGUUUAAAAAAAUGGGAAAACAAGAACACAGGGAAUGCAAUCAGAAAGGAAAGACUUUUUUUAAAAAAAAAGGAAAGAAAAAAAAUGAAAUAAGCAUUUCAUGCUCUUGUUUCGCUGAAACAGGAGUCAAUAAUCCCCUAACAUCCACAGUGUUUUCAUUUACUCUGCCGUCUUUCUGUUGCUGGAAUGUUUCGGAAGAAGAUGUUGGUACUGCACAUCCAUAAGGCAAGGAGUAUUACUACAACAAAACAUCACCCAGCACAACACGAAGUGUAACAGACUGCAACAACAAAAAUGAAAUCUCUCUCGCAUACACACACACACAAACAUACACACAAAAGAAGCUACCUACAAGUCUGGAUUUCGCCAAAGUGCUAGCACUUUCCUGAGGAGUAAGUUAGUCUUAUUACCCGAAUAGACUCUGCCGUCCUACACAAGCCCUCGUCCAGCAGACCUCGAAAGAGUUCGCCACCCAGUCCAAUGAAGCAGUGAUUGAAGCUGGGGUUUGAAGUGAAGUGCUGGCUUUUCUGAAUAAACCACAUUUUAAAAAAAGAAAGAAAACACUUUAAUAAAAAAGCCCCUUUCUGGUUGUGAAGAAAAAGUAUAGCGGCCUUAUUUUCAAAAAUAAUAAUAAUAAUAAUAAUAAAGAA